GCUUCGGUGGGCGGGGCUCGCCGCGUGUUUUACUGGGGGCGGCCGCGCCUGGUUCAGUUGCGCUGUCCGCGGCGUGUGCAGCCACCUGCCCUCGACCCUAGCUCUCGCCGCGCCCCGGCCCCCGCCGCGCCCCCGCCGCGCCCCCGCCGCAGCCAUGUCCAAGGAGCCGCGGGCCGGGCGGGACGAGAUCCUGGAGGCCCAGGUGAUGUGGGAGCCGGACAGCAAGAAGAUCACGCUGAUGGACCGCUUCCGGGCGGCCGUGAGCGCUGCCUGCGGCCUGGAGCUCGAGAACUACCAUGACCUCUACCAGUGGUCGGUGGGGUCAUACGCGGACUUCUGGGCCGAGUUCUGGAAAUUCAGCGGGAUCGUGUCCUCGCGCAUGUACGACGAGGUCGUGGACACGUCCAAAGGGGUGGCGGACGUGCCCGAGUGGUUCCGGGGCAGCCGCCUGAACUACGCGGAGAACCUGCUGCGGCACGAGGACCAGGACAAGGCCGCGCUCUACGUGGCCAGGGAAGGCAAGGAGGAAAUCGGGAAGGUGACUUUCGAAGAGCUGCGGCAGAAAGUGGCUCUGUUUGCGGCGGCCAUGAGGAAAAUGGGCGUGACAGCAGGAGACCGAGUGGUCGGCUACCUGCCCAACGGGGAGCACGCCGUGGAGGCCAUGCUGGCCGCAGCGAGCAUCGGCGCCAUCUGGAGCUCCACGUCGCCCGACUUUGGCGUGACUGGUGUCCUGGACCGGUUUUCCCAGAUCCAGCCGAAGCUCAUCUUCUCGGUGGAGGCCGUGGUGUACAACGGCAAGGAGCAUGCCCACCUGGACAAGCUGCAGCAGGUUGUGAGAGGGCUGCCAGACCUGGAAAAGGUGGUGGUGAUCCCUUACAUCGCCUCCAGAGAGAAGAUAGACAUUUCAAAGAUCCCAAACAGCGUGUUCCUGGACGACUUCCUGGCCGCCGGGAAAGGGGACCAGGCGCCCCAGCUGGAGUUCGAGCAGCUGCCCUUCAGCCACCCGCUCUUCAUCGCCUUCUCCUCGGGCACGACCGGCGCGCCCAAGUGCAUGGUGCACUCGGCCGGGGGCACGCUCAUCCAGCACCUGAAGGAGCACCUGCUGCACGGGGACAUGACCAGCAGUGACACCAUCCUGUACUACACCACGGUCGGCUGGAUGAUGUGGAACUGGCUGGUGUCCGCGCUGGCCACCGGCGCAGCCGUGGUCCUGUACGACGGCUCCCCGCUGCUGCCCACGCCCAACGUGCUCUGGGACCUGGUCGACAGGGUUGGCAUCACCAUCCUCGGGACGGGGGCCAAGUGGCUGGCGGUUCUGGAAGAGAGGAACCUGAGGCCGGUGGACACCCACAGCCUGCAGACGCUGCGCACCGUGCUGUCCACCGGCUCCCCGCUGCGGGCCCAGAGCUACGAGUACGUGUACCGCUGCGUGAAGGGCAGCGUGCUCCUGGGCUCCAUCUCAGGCGGCACCGACAUCCUGUCCUGCUUCAUGGGCCAGAACCCCUGCCUCCCCGUGCACAAGGGCGAGAUCCAGGCCCGCAACCUGGCCAUGGCCGUGGAGGCCUGGGACGAGGAAGGAAAGGCCGUGUGGGGGGAGAGCGGCGAGCUGGUGUGCACCAAGCCGCUCCCCUGCCAGCCCACGCACUUCUGGAACGACGAGAACGGCAGCAAGUACCGGAAGGCCUACUUCUCCAGGUUCCCGGGGGUCUGGGCGCACGGCGACUAUUGCCGGAUCAACCCCAAGACCGGGGGCAUCGUCAUGCUGGGCCGGAGUGACGGCACGCUCAACCCCAACGGGGUGCGGUUCGGCAGCUCGGAGAUCUACAACAUCGUGGAAGCCUUCGAGGAGGUGGCGGACAGCCUCUGCGUCCCCCAGCACAGCAAGGACGGGGAGGAGAGGGUGGUCCUCUUCCUGAAGAUGGCCUCUGGCCACAGCUUCCGGCCCGAGCUGGUGAAGCGCAUCCGGGACGCCAUCCGCGUCGGCCUGUCCGCCCGGCACGUGCCCAGCCUCGUCCUGGAGACCCAGGGCAUCCCGUACACCCUCAAUGGCAAGAAGGUGGAGGUGGCCGUGAAGCAGGUCAUCGCCGGGAAGGCCGUGGACCACCGCGGGGCCUUCUCGAACCCCGAGACCCUGGACCUGUACCGGCACCUCCCGGAGCUGCAGGGCUUCUGACCGCGUGUCCCCGCCCCCGCGUCGGCGCCGCGGCCCCGGUGUGUGCGGGAGGGUCCUGGGACGCCCCGGCGCUCUCCGGGGGGCUUGCCCCCCGUGCCUGUGGUCCGAGUGGGGGUGCCGUUCU